CAAAUUCCUUCUUGCUAUCAGCACUUGUAGUAUUUUUGUUGGCAAAUGUAAAUAAAUAUUAUACUUUCCUCAUCUACGACGUAAAUCAUAAACGUAAAAAACGUCCUAAGAAGUUUUUUAAUAUCGUUCUAAGUUUCAAGAUGUCAGAAAAAGAUCCAAUAAGCGGUUCAAGCCAGGAUUAUGGCUCCACAUCUGCUGUCGUACCCGCCGUUGGAUUUGUUGACUUCAGUCCUACGGAGUUGUACAACCUCACUGAGAGUAUAGCGGGGAAUGUCACCACCAUUAAUGCGGGGCUCCGGAGUUUGGAGAAGAUGAAUAAGCAAAUAGGAGGGCCGAAUGAUAGUGUGCAGCUGAGGGACAAAAUCCACGAGAGCCAACAAAGCGUCAACGCCUCUGUGUCAGCGACCGCCCGCGACAUCCAGCGGCUGGGCGUGGUGGCGCGGCGCGGGGACAAGCCGCAGAAGCUGCAGGUGGAGAGGCUCACGCAGGCCUUCAGAGACUCCUUGGCUAAUUACACUGCCGUGCAAAAGCAAAUAUCGGAGAAGAUGGCGGCGCACAUGCCGCGGCCGCCGCGCGUGCGCAGCGCCGCGCCACACGACCCGCCCGCCGACGAGGAGGCGGCGCUCGUGGACAAUCAGCAGGCGCAGGCCCGUUUGGUAGAGUUCGAGACGAGCAUGUUGAUAGAGAGAGAAGCAUAUAUGAACAAGAUUGAGGCAGAUGUGCUGGAUGUGGCACAGAUAAUGCAGGACCUUGCCGAGAUGGUCAGCGAACAGGGUCAGAUUGUCGACACCGUCGAGAGUCACAUCUCCUCUGCGGCGGCGGGUGUGGAGUCCGGCGCGGACGAGUUGGCCAAAGCGGCCGAGUAUCAGCGCAGAUACAGGCGGAAGAUGUUUAUACUGAUCAUUAUUGCCGUCAUUAUAGCUAUAAUUUUCGUCGUGUGGAUCGUUAGGACUUUCAGAUAGAUGAAAUGACAUACAUACAUACAUACAGGUCUAGUGCCGUGUGGUUCCCGGCACCAAUACAAAAAAGAAUAGGACAACUCCAUCUCUUACCCAUGGAUGUCGUAAAAGGUGACUAAGGGAAAGGCUUACAAACUUGGGAUUCCUUUUUAGGCGAUGGGUUUGCAACCUGUCACUAUUUGGAUCUCAAUUCUAUCAUUAAGCCAAAUAGCUGAACGUGGUCAUUCGGUCUUUUCAAGACUGUUGGCUCUGUCUACCCCGCAAGGGAUAUAGACGUGACCAUAUGUAUGUAUGUAUACGUAUGUAUGUAUACUGUACCGUCAUGCGUGUCUCCCAUUGGGGUAGGCAGAGACUAUGGAGUUCCACUUGCUAUUUUCCUUACAGAACUCUCCCGCUUCCUCUACACUCGUAACUCUUUUCAUGCAUAUUCGAUGACUAGCUGUGCCAGCGACUUCGUCCGCGUGGAAUAGUUAUUUUAGGCAUCAUUGAAGCCCUCACGGAUUAAUAAUUUUCCCCGUUUUUUUUUUCACAUUUUUCAUUAUUUCUUCGCUCCGCGUGUGAUGUUAUAUAGCCUAAAGCCUUCCUCGAUAAAUGUUCUAUUCAAAACAAAAACGAUUUUUCAAUUCGAACCAGUAGUUCCUGAGAUUAGCGCGUUCAAACAAACAAAACCUGCCGUGUGGUUCCCGGCACCAAUAGAUAAAGAAUAGGACUACUCCAUCUCGCCCCCAUGGAUGUCGUAAAAGGCGACUGGUAGGCUUAUAAACUUGGGAUUCUUCUUUUAGGCGAUGGGCUAGCAACCUGUCACUAUUUGAAUCUCAAUUCUAUUUUAAAGCCAAAAAGCUGAACAUAGCCUAUCAGUCUUUUCGACACUGUUGGCUCUGUCUACCCCGCAAGGGAUAUAGACGUGAUUAUAUGUAUGUAAAACAAACAAACUCUUCAGCUUUAUAAUAUUAGUAUAGAUUACAAGUGCCCCUAACAUCUCCCCUUUGCAAGACAUUCGAAAUUUGGUCCUUGAAAGUUCGACGAAGCCGGACAAAAUUCAAAUUCAAAAUUUAAAAAUUCAAAAAGCUGUCCCUGCCCCUUUACAGUCAGCUCAGCCUUAUAAAUUCCUUUCGUGAGCCUGUGGAGCCCGGGGUGUGCCUUUGACCAUGGAUCCUGGAUUGGGCGAGUCAGGUUUUUACACGAAGCGACUCCCAUCUGACCUCCGCAACUUUUGCAGGGAAACCUGACUUAUAUUGAAUCAUGGUUAUACAUCCAGGUGCCUGAAUGUAUGAAGAUUUACUCAAAAUUUUUUUCCCUCGCACAUCGGUUGUUAUAUUGAUGUAUGUAGAUAUGUUACUUAGAAAAGAGUUGAAUGAUACUCUUAACUAAAAACAGAAAAAAAUAUUUAAACAAUGAAUUAAAAUGGUCUUAAAUCUGUGAUUAUGUUUUGGAAUUGAAGUACCUAACUUAACUGUACUCUUUUUAAUGAAAUGUAUUUUGUGUUAUUUUAUCGUAUUAAAAUAACAUCAUAAUACUUAUAGGAUCGUAAAAUGCAAUAUUUUUUCUCUUUUGAUUUAUAUAAAUUAAAAACUUUAAAAAAAAAGGUCUUAAAUGCACUAUAAAAAAGUCUUUUGAGACUGUUGAGAAAUUUUUAGAUUUAAAACUAAUAAUAUAAACCCAAUAAAUUAUACUACUUAAUUUUAUUGUAUACUUUGUGUUAUGUUAAUUGUAUUAUAGGAAAAGUAUUACAUAAUAAUAUGUAAUUGAUUUUGAUUUAUUUAAUCGCUGUGUAAGGCCUUAUAAUGUAGACGAUUAUAUAAUAAUGUUAUUUGUGUUAA